AUGGUUGCAUCCUCUUCCUCUGCUGCAUCUUCUCGAUGGCCAAAGAAACAUCAGGUAUUCGUUGGCUUCAGAGGUGAGGACACCCGCAACAAUUUCACAAGCCAUCUUCAUGCAGCUCUCUGCAGGAACAAAGUUGAAACAUAUAUUGAUAAUAGGCUUGAGAAGGGAGGUGAGCUGUGGCCUUUGCUUGACGUAGCCAUUGAAGACUCGACUCUGUUCCUUGUGAUAUUUUCAGAAAACUUUGCGUCUUCCACAUGGUGCUUGGAGGAGCUUGCAAAAAUAUUGGAGUGUACCAAAGAUCAAGGCCAUGUUAUGCCGGUGUUCUCUAUGGUAGAGCCUUGCACAUGUCAGGAAGCAGACUGGGAGUUGUGA